AGGGGGCGUAUCUUGUACAAGAUGGCUACAAAGUCUGACACCAGAGGAUUGAUUGACACUCUGAAGCAGAAGAUUGGGGUAACAGACACCCAGCUGGACCAAAGAAUUGAGCAGGAACAAUUGUGGAGCCUGGCUGGUUUACUUGGCAGCUAUGAUAAGUUUGUUAGAAAGCCAGGGUUUGACCUCAAUAAUGCCGAUAUAGCAGAUCUGAAGGAUUGUGCCUCCAAACAUGGCAAUCAACAGGCCAUGUAUGAAGCUUUGAAGAAAUGGGAAAAUAUCAUCCUUGACUUCACUUAUCGGUCGUUGUUGGAGAUUUUGAUUGGUCGUCGUGAAGGAGCUUUGGCUGACCAAGUGUGUAGGACUUUCAUCCAGACACAAGCCAGUGAGCCGAAUAACGAAGAUGCUGUGUCCUUGUCACCUGCACCAGGUAGAAAACCAGCUGUGCCACUGAUUCUUCGCUCAGUUGAACCAAAUUAUUUGGUCUCAGGUACUUCUGACCACAUCAAAGAAUUUGAAAAGAGAUUUAUUGAUGUACGAAAAAUAGCUCUCAAAGAGAUAACUGAGAAACAAGUAACUGUGACUGAUUUCCGGCAAACGCUUAUGACAAUGCCAAGCUCUAUCACAAACGAAAACAAAAAUUUCAUCAAAUCAAACUAUUCCUUGUUUGAAGAAGCUAAGUCGAUUGAAAGCAUCUUUUUGCAUCUCAAUUUCUACCUGAGCUAUAUCGAUUUCAGCCUUCUUGAGCAUAUCAUAGAGCAAUUUGGUAGUGAUAGUCUGAAACAAGACAUGAGCAGCUAUGCAGAAGACAUGAGACAGUUCAGAAUGAAAACGCCCGUUAGCGAAGCACUUAAGUAUCUUCCGAACAAUUCAGAUGCUCCUGCAGAUUACUCUUGUCUAACAUUAAAAUUAAAUUUUGAUGUUAAAACUGUAACUCUUGAAGAUCUAGAGACGUAUAGAAAACGUUUUGCCAGUGGGUUUUCACUCUCUCAGCUAGCUCUAUUUUUGUGUGACCUCCAGGAGAGCUCACUACUGGUUACAUGGCUAGUCCCUGCAGCUUUAGGAGCAAUGAUCAGUGACCAAGUGCAGAAGAAAACGUCUUUCUUUUUACAAAACAGUAUUCUUCAGCUAUCACUCGAAGGAGAAUGUCUCUACCCUUUUAUAGAAAAGGUUGUUAGUCAAUCGGGCUCUAGUGGUUCUGUGAUUAAAAAAGUAGCUGGAGCUGGAAUACACAGUCAAAUGAUAGCAAAUGAGAUGAAGCUAACAAUCAAGCGUGGACUUAAUGGAUUGGCUAUUGUGGUACCAAUUCAUUUGUCAUAUUUAACGGAAGUGCUCACGGGUACUCUAAGAUUUGCCGUUUAUAAACCUCAUGAUAAAAUAUCUUUAACAUCAUACAUUCAAGCUCUAGAUCUUGUGGAGCUAAAACACCAUCCCAUAAUAGUGUCGGUAAAUGGAUUUGGAUCAGGUAAUCUUCUACACACUCUUUGUUGUGGCGCCAUCAAUAUCAUGGAAGAUAUUGUCACACCACUAUUUCCACCUAUUGCUACACACCUUGCCGACAACCCAAAGAUAUUCGUAUUUGUUGUCUAUUCGGCCUAUUUUGAAAGCCAUGUUCUUCAUUCCCUUGCCAAAGUUGAAGCAAUCUGGGAAAACUACAUUGUUUGUUAUAUUGCAUGUAGUAUCAAUGAUGUUCGGAGGGUAACAGACAUUGUACAAAACGAACUGGGGUCAUCUCUUAUGCCUGUGCAAGAGAUCUUCACUUCAAUCAGCGACAAGCUUCUACCCAAAAGUACCAUGACUGUGAUUGACCGUCUCAAGGAGCCAGUCUACUUGCAUCGUCAUGGAUCACAAGAAUCAAUCAAGAAGCCCAAUACUAAAUCACCAUUGACAUCGAUACAAGAACUAUUGAAGAAGUAUGCGCUCGAAACUGAAAGCAAGAAGUUAAUCUCUCAACAAGCUGCAGAGCUUGAGUCCAGUGACAAAAGAUGAUCACCUCAAUAAUGUAACUAAAUUAUUUACGUAUCGAACAGUUUGUCUUAUACACUUACACAUCUAUUGUACAUGUACAUAAUUAUAGCUACUUGUACUAUUUAUUAACAUGAGAUCAAAAGA